GAGAAGGUGGGGCUGCGAGAGGUGAAGGAGGCGACCGCCGCUCUCGUGCGACUCGCGGAGGCGAACCACAAGCGAGAGCUGCGCGGCGCACACCCCCUGCGCGUCCCGCUCAACCGUCUCUUCCUCGGCAAUCCUGGGACGGGCAAGACGACGGUGGCGAAAAUCUACGGCCGCGUGCUCAAAGGCACGGGGCACCUGAGUGACGGGGGUGUGGUUCUGGCGGUGGCGUCGGACUUGCUCGGCUCUGCGGUGGGCGAGAGCGAGGAGAAGACGACGCGGCUGCUCGAGGCGGCGAGGGGGAAGGUGCUAGUGAUCGACGAGGCGUACUGUCUGCACGGCUCGUCGUACGGGGAGGCCGCCAUCAACACGCUCGUCUCCUUGGUGCACAACGAGCCCGGAGAGGACGUCGCGGUGCUGCUGCUCGGGUACGAGCCGCAGAUGAAACGGAUGCUCCGCGACGCCAACCCGGGGCUGCAGCGCCGCUUCAGCCUCGAGGCGGCCUUCCGCUUCGCCGACUUUACUGACGCCCAGCUCGAGCUCCUCCUCCACCGCGCAGCCGCGCGCGACGGGCUCCGCCUGCCCCGCGCCGUGCGCAAGGCGGCUCUCGCGAGCCUCUCUCGCGAGCGCGUGCAGCCCAACUUUGGCAACGCCGGCGCGGUCAACUCGCUACUCGGCCGCGCCAAGACGGCGCUGGCCGCGCGC